AUGCUUCCCAUGAAAUCUCUUCUCAAUCCGCUGUCGGUCGCACCUCACCCAGGUUGCCCUCAGCCCCCGGUCAUGCCACCAACGCCCUCGUCAACCUAUACGGACGAGCUUCCAUCGCCAGUCUCUCCCGAUCAUGGCCUUCCUUCCAUGCCAUCACCUCCACGAUCAUCGACCAGAGCUACAUCGAUGCUAAAAAUGGAUCACAGGGGCAGGGGAUUCUCGGUCAACUACGCUCCCUUUGAAGAUCUCGAUGAGCACUCGCUACGUGAGGUUCGCAGGUUUCAGGUCCGUCCGUUUGGUAGCAUCCGUGAAACCAGUCGACACAUACCCUACAAUAGUGGCAAGAAAGACUUCUUUGCCAAGACUGGUAGAGAGAGCUUUGAGGUCGAGAGUUUACAAUUGCUGAUCAUUGAGCCCCCUGGGCGCAUGAACCUAUUCUCAGUGUUCCAGUACACAUAUACCAUUCCGGACACGAGCGAGGAAUAUACCGUUAUGUGGGACUAUGGGUGCGGCCUUGUUAGAAUGACACACUUUUUCAAAUGUCGCGGAUACACCAAGACCGUGCCGGGCAAAGUGCUCAACCAGAACCAUGGGUUGAAGGAUAUAACAUACAGUAUCACAGGGGGCUCCAUCAGUGCUCAAGGAUACUGGAUGCCAUUCGCUUGCGCUAGAGCCGUCUGUGCUACCUUCUGUCACCCGAUUGCCGGCGCCUUGAUUCCCAUCUUUGGUCCCCAUUUCCCAGCCGAAUGCAUUCCACCAGAAUCUCCCAACUUUGGUCGCAUGGUUAUAGAUCGCGAGAUUGUAGCCCACGCCGCCCGGGAGGCAGAGAUGAUGUACGGACGGUCGCUGCAAGCCCAACAACAGGGUCAGCCCCGUCGCCAUGCUCCAGGGCCGCCCGUGCGCUACUCGACGUCUCCCACAUCCUCGACUCUUCACGAACGGCGCGUGCACCUUGCGCGUGGCGCUGCACGGCGUCUGCGGCAUGGCAUAAUGUACAGUAGCCCACCCACCGAGACCGAGAGCUAUCCCAACUCCCCAGAGCAGACCUCCUCGGCGGACUACCGGCCGAGGCGCUUCCCCUCACCUCCGCGCCUUCCUCCUGUUGUGUUCGCAGCGACCCCGCCACUUUCCGGACACUCUGGCUGGAGGGCCGAGUACAUCGCGGCCAACCCUCGACCGGAGCGGACUCGAUGCCAACCUCGUAUGGACGAGCACAGCAGCCAUCAUCAUCAUCAACAUCAUCAUCAUCAUCGCUACACUGGCAGUCAUGGCAGCGGUCAUCGGCGAGAUAUAGCCAGCCCACUGGCCAGCUCACUGUCGCGAAUUCUGCCUCCUCCACUGCUGACUCCCCACUACCAGCACGAGAUGUAUCGUGACCACCACUACCACACUGCUCCACCAACUCCGAGCCCGCCGGAUGAGCGGCUGCUGAACCGUCUGCCGCCCAUAGUCGGUCCUUGCGUCCCAGUUCGCCAUGCUGCUCCGGCAAGUGCCUUGUCGGAUACCGGAAGAGACUAUCGCAGUGGUUACAGUGACGCCGAGAGCGACCUGGGCAGCGGGCCCUCGACUCGGACCGGUGGGGGUAACAGCCUCGGUCCCCGGGCCACAAUCAUCAAGGCUGCAGGUUCCGAUGGUUGUUCCGGGGACGAUGGCAAAGCACAGCAGGAGCACCAGCGCCAGCGGCAUCUACACCGUCUUCCCCAGCACCAAUCUCAAACUGCUGCCGCGCCUGUACGAGAGGACGCGAGUGCUCUCAGGAACGAUGCAAUCCAGGCGCUCAUAACCUUGGCUUCUCGUGAAGAUAAGGCGGAUGGGGGCAGGAAGCAGAGGGAGGAACUAUCCCAACCGGCUAUUGCUGCAGAUGUACCACACAGGGCGCCCACGGGGCUCCAGACCUGGAGUAGGAAGAGGGCGCUGUCAACAUGA